CACGGCUCUCUGUGGUAACAAAAUAGCCAGUGUAAUCUGACACUUCAACUUGCCGUGCUCCACGGUAGUUGAUUCAGUCAAUCAGUCAGUCACCGUCUUCGGAGCUCUCGCGUCGCCUUUGUGAAGUGAACGGGAGCGGCGUAAACACGCGCUUGGGUGAAACAAUACGCGGCGUUGCAGCUCAGCUUCACCCGAAAAUCUCCUCUUAAGGAGAGGUCAGCGAAGGACCGACCGUGUGUGAGAAAUAAAUGCAGUUUGGGGCAGGGGAGGGGGAGGAAGCCUAGCAGCAGCACCAUCGACCGCACACAGACCCAUCCUGUGAUUGGUGAGGAUUAAGGAACAGAUUUUGCUUCAGCGUAAGAGCGUCUUCAUCCAAACUGAACUGAUGCUACAGCAUCUCCAGGGUCCAGGCCUCAGAACAUCCUGAUGUAAUUGCUCCGAGCAGCUAGCUGCCUGCGUUUUGAGUGAAAGCGUGCUACGUUUGCUUGACGGUGCACAUGGUAAGUAAAGAAAAAAAGACUUUUAAUGGAGUCCCGGUAGAGGCAUCAAGAUGAACACGCUACCAUCGAUGGACCGGCACAUCCAGCAGACCAACGACAGGCUGCUGUGCAUCAAACAGCACUUACAGAACCCGGCCAACUUCCACUCCGCUGCCACGGAGCUGCUCGACUGGUGUGGAGAUCCCCGGGCCUUCCAACGACCUUUCGAGCAAAGCCUCAUGGGAUGUCUGACGGUUGUGAGUCGUGUGGCUGCCCAGCAGGGGUUUGACUUGGACCUGGGCUACAGGUUGCUCGCCGUUUGUGCUGCCAACCGGGACAAAUUUACUCCCAAGUCUGCUGAAACCAGCACCUGCAGGAGAUGUCAGAGUGACUCAGCUCUGCUGUCAUCGUGGUGUGAGGAGCUGGGUCGUCUGCUCCUGCUGCGUCACCAGAAGAACAGGCAGAACGAACCGCAGGGAAAGGUCCCCAUGCAGCCCAGCAUGAACAGCAUGAAGCCCGGCCUCACGCACAGUGACGGAUCCUUUCCCUAUGACUCAGUUCCCUGGCAACAAAACAACAACCAGCCCCCUGGAUCACUCUCUGUAGUUACAACCGUGUGGGGUGUGACUAAUACAUCACAGAGUCAGGUGUUGUGUAACCCCAUGGCCAACAGCAAUAACCACAUAAAUCCUGGGGGUAACCAGAUGGGGUCAGUGAUGUCUGCUAGUGCAGCAGGGCUUAGCUCACCUCAGUUCAGCACUCAACAGCAGCAGUUUCCAAACAAAGGUGGUUCCAACCAAUCGUACAUGCAGCAGGGCAUGUAUGGCAGGCCUGGCUACCCCGGUGGCCCUGGAGGAUACAGCGGAAGUUACUCUGGAGGCCCAAACGCCCCACCUGGAGGUAUGGGAAUGACUACCCACGCACGUCCUUCUGGUGACUUUACUCCACCUGCUGCUGCUGCUGCAGCUGCAGCUGUUGCUGCCGCCGCUGCUACAGCUACAGCAACAGCGACGGCCACAGUGGCGGCCCUGCAGGAAACCCAGAAUAAGGACAUGAACCAGUAUGGACAGAUGUGUCCAUCGUUUCAAAUGGGGCCUUCUCCAGCCUACAACAGCCAGUUCAUGAACCAACCCGGCCCACGAGGCCCCCCGGGGGCUAUGAAUCCAUCCAGCAUGAGUUCAGCUAUGAACAACCCCACCAUGAGUGGGCCUCCAAUGGGAAUGAACCAGGCUCGAUCAGCAGGCAUGACGCCUUUUGGAGCUCACGGCCAAAGGAUGCCACAGCAAGGGUAUCCUGGGGGACCUCGGCAGAGCAUGCCCAUGCCAGGGAUGAAGAGGCCAUAUCCCGGAGAGGGGAGUUACGGAGGUCAGCAGUAUGGGCCAAACAGCCAGUUCCAGACACAGCAGGGCCAAUACCCAACAUCAAAUGCGUCCAGGCCACUGCCCUCCCCUAACUACCCUAGUCAGAGAAUGCCAGUGCAGCAGGGCCAAGGACAGUACCCUCCCGGCAUGCCUAUGGGCCAGUACUAUAAGCAAGAGCCCUUCAAUAAUCAGAGCACCAACUUUUCUGGAGGUGGAUACUCCUACAGCCAGGGUAGCGGGCCCCCCAGGCCUGGUAACUACCCCCACUCGCCGGUCCCUGGAAACCCCACUCCUCCUAUGACCCCUGGGAGUAAUAUUGCUCCAUAUCUGUCGCCAAACCAGGAUGUGAAGCCCCCGUUUCCACCUGACAUGAAACCAAAUAUGACAACACUUCCGCCCCCUCCAAAUAACCCUAAUGAGGAGCUACGUCUGACGUUCCCAGUCAGGGAUGGGGUAGUACUGGAGCCAUUCCGCCUGGAGCAUAACUUGGCUGUUAGUAACCACGUCUUCCACCUGCGGCCGUCCGUCCACCAGACCCUCAUGUGGAGGUCAGACCUUGAACUGCAGUUUAAGUGCUACCACCAUGAAGACCGGCAGAUGAACACAAAUUGGCCCGCCUCGGUCCAGGUCAGUGUCAACGCCACCCCACUGACCAUCGAGAGGGGCGACAACAAAACCUCCCACAAACCGCUGCACCUGAAGCAUGUGUGCCAACCAGGGAGGAACACCAUCCAAAUCACAGUCACCGCCUGCUGCUGUUCCCACCUGUUUGUGCUUCAGCUGGUCCACAGGCCAUCUGUGCGCUCUGUCCUCCAGGGACUUCUGAAGAAGAGGCUCCUUCCUGCAGAACACUGCAUCACCAAGAUUAAGAGGAAUUUCAGCAGCGUGGUGGCUUCAGCAGGCAACGCCGCUCUUAACGGAGAGGACGGAGUGGAGCAGACGGCCAUUAAAGUGUCGCUGAAAUGUCCCAUUACCUUCCGGCGCAUCCAGCUACCCGCACGGGGGCACGACUGCAAACACGUGCAGUGCUUUGAUCUGGAGUCCUACCUGCAGCUGAACUGUGAGCGGGGGACGUGGAGGUGUCCUGUGUGCAAUAAAACAGCCUUACUGGAAGGUCUGGAAGUUGACCAGUUCAUGUGGGGGAUUCUCAACGCCAUCCAAAAUUCUGAGUUUGAAGAGGUCACCAUAGACCCAACAUGUAGCUGGAGACCUGUUCCUAUCAAGUCUGAGCUGCACAUCAAAGAGGACCCCGACGGGCCUCUGGCCAAGCGCUUCAAGACCAUGAGCCCGAGUCAGAUGACCAUGCCCAAUGUGAUGGACAUGAUUGCUCAGUUAGGGCCCGGUCCAGGACCAGGAUCUGGACCAGGGCCAGGUCCAAGCCCAUACCACCCUCACCCUGGUCAGCAUCCCAGUGGCAACGGGGGAGAUUACCCUGGAACAGGCAACAGCUACCACACCCAAGGGAGCUUUGACUUCCCUAAUGGGAAUCAUUCUGGAGGUAGUGGAGGUCCUCCUAUGAAUGAUUUCAUCCAUGGGCCCCAGCUGUCCCACCCCCCCGAUGGACCUGGUGGCCUCCUCUCCCAGGACAAACCCCUCAGCCACAGCAUGACCGAUGCAAUGUCCCAUUCAGAUCAGUCCCAUAACUCCAUGCAGCAGAGCUUGCAUGCGUCUCCACACCCUGGCAGCCAAACAGGGCCGCAGUUGCAUCACAGCGGCCAGCCAUCGCAGCCGCCUCGCCAGCAGCAGCCCCAGCCUCAGCAUCCUGGGCAGAGCAGUCACCCGCACAGCGAUCUGAACUUUAACCCCUCCUCAGAAGGGCAGAUGGGUCAGGGAGCCCAGGACAUGCCCGAACCCUCGCUGGAUCUGCUUCCAGAGCUGGCCAAUCCAGAAGAGUUACUCUCAUACUUGGACCCUCCCGACCUCCCGGCCAACAGCAACGAUGACCUUCUCUCUCUUUUUGAGAACAACUAGCCCCUUCCUGUUCCCCUUUUCUGCCCCGCAUACCUUCUUCCACCUAAGGGAGUGGUCACAUAUUCGGCUGUCAGCAGCGUGCUGUCAAGCAGCUUCCUGUCCUCAUACACACGCGAACACACUUGAACUGUUUUCUCAGUAGUUGACGUGUGUUAUGGAGCACAGCUGUGUGGGAACUCCAGGGGAAGGAAUCGGGACAGCCUCUCAUCUCUGCACUCCUUUUUAUAUAUGUGUUUUGUUUUGUGUAAAGAUUCUACGCACCAGUUCCACCUGCCUCUUGCUCAAAAUGCACCAUUUGCAGUCAUGUCGGUGGGCACUAAAUACACUCAUGUGUGUAUAAACAUAUAUGAUAUUUGUGACUUUUCCAUGGGAAUCUGUGCAGCUAUAAUCAUACACACCAACACAGAGAAGACAGGAACCUUGUGUUAGUUUUUGUUUGUUUGAUUAUAAAUAUAAUUUCCUUGUGAUGAAAGAUGAGUCCAGGGGAGUAAUCAUUGUCUUGUAAGAGUGUUUUUAUCCUUUAUAAAAUUUGUUCUUCCAAAUCUUUGGCACAUACUGUGCCCUUUGACCUCCCCAGAUUUCCCAACGUGUGUGUGUGUGUGUGUUUUGUUUGCUUUUGAGCAUAAAGAGAAAAACAGGAUGUAGAGAAACAUAAGAGACAGAUAAGACUGAGCUGGAGAUGACUUGAUGGACUGAUCCUAGCCAUCUUCUCGUGUUAAACUCUGCACCAUUUUAAUCACAAGUGCAUGUGUGCCAACAGAUCCUGUUGAGUUUCUCCAGCUGAAAUGUGCUCAAACAACUAUUUAUUAUUUAAUGUCAAUUCUAUCGUUAGUAAAAUGUGUCUUCUUUGUUUAAGUCUUUGUCUCCCGUUUAAGUUACAAGCCUCCUACAGACAUAAAAGAAAAGAAAAAAGAAUAAUUAGUGUGAUCAGACACAAUCUCCUUUUGUUGUGUUGGUCUGUCUUUUUACGUUUUUAAAGAGAUGAACGUAUGACCUGUUUGUGAUCCCAGAUGUCUUUAUAUAGCCUUUUGUGAAAAUUAUGUGUGUACAGUCCUGUAGCUUUUACUGACAACUCCAUGGUACUGUGUCUUCGUCGACCUCUGCACACACACACACACACACACACACACUUAUGCGCGUGAUCCCUGAUAAUCUUGGAAUUAUUUUGCAAAUAAGAUUUUUAUUACUUUAUUUAUAUAUUUGUAACAAUUGAUUAUCUUUAAAUGAUCUGUUUUUCCCUGUAAAAGAAUAUUAUUAUUGCUUAGAGGUCCAGAAUUCACCUAAAUGUUUUAUUUUUAUAUCAUUGGAAAGAGUGACCUCAUCAUCCUUAUUUAAAUUAGCAUCUGAUCGUGUUUUCCCUGCUUACAUUUAUAUUUCCAUCACAUUUUCAUAUUUCAGACUGUCAGCCUGGUGUUUUUCGAAUCGGUUUGAUCAAAUCUUCUACUCGUCGUCGAAGGAGUCUUCCCAAUUUAAUUUCAUUUGGCUUUACCUGUCGUCGAGUCACGUUGCAGUUGAAGAGUCAGAUGUUGUUUGUUUGUUUAAGACAAUGCACUGCCGCAUCGGGAGACUUUAUUUCCCUACACAGUGUGUAAAAUUCAAUGUAACCUGUCACAGCAUCACAUCUUGUAACACAGUUUGUAUUUUCCAGUUGCAGAUGUUGGAAAUUGAGUUGAGGAUAUUGUAAAAUGAAAUCUGGUUGCAUUCACAAGCAGAGGAUUUAGGGGUGGGGAUGUGAGGGGAUGUUUGUAUAUAAUGUAAAUGGCAAAUAGAGACACGUUAACAGAAAUGUAUUCAUUUUCUCCAGUGGGAGUGUGCAUAGUGUAUUUAGAAUUUGUAAAGCUUGCCUCUUCCUGUCGGACGUUGAAUUGGGAAAACUCGGUCUGUGUUUGAUCGCCUCUGUGCAGACUUGUUUAACCACGCCUGUUCAUUUAUGUAAGAUAGUUUAUGAAACCCUCACACUGUGUGGGUUCAGCAAAACAGAAAAUCAUUUUGCUUUGCGUAAUAUUAAACCUCUGUGUAUUUCACUAUUACCUGUGUACUUUUUAAAGGUGCUACACAAAUUAUCAUGACCUUUUGAGGUAUAAUUGGGACUUGGAGACACUUGGCCUUAGGUGGCUAACGAGGGUUGUCUCUGAAUUUACAGUUUGUAAAAUAAAAUAAAAUAAAAACUUUUUGUCAAAUUUAUAAUUUUUAUGAAAUGUGGCUAAUCUGCUAUAAAGGUACAAUCUGAAGCAAUUGGCACAAGUGGCAAUUGUCUGGUUUUUGUACAUUCUGUGUACAAUCAUUUCAUAUUCUAAACUGGUCAGAAGAACAUUGUGAUUUUUAGUCUUGCAAAUCUGUAUGUAGUUAGAUGAUGUGACAUCCUAAUAUUUAUCUAAUAAAUAUGUAUUCAGAUGAAACACA